GACAGACAGAAACCACACACCAGCCCUUUCUCCUCGCUUUCCCCUCAUGGAAUAGCUAAACUUGCCCUCAUCCACACCUCCAUCACCUCCCAGCACCCCACAAUUAUUUUGACCCUCUGGUCUUUUUUGGAAGGAAGCUUCUGUCACUUCAUAACACCACCUGCCUGGAAAAACACACACACACACACACAAACAAAGCCCCCCAAACCCUCCUGCGAAGGAAGAGGUCCUUCUUUUUUUGGCCUCUUUUCUUUUGCUCUGACUCCAGAGCUUCAGACUCCAGCCUGAGCAGCCACAAUUUCUUACCAUGUAUUCUCCUUUUAAACCAUCUCCUUCCUGCACACGCUCAGUCCUUGCAGCCACGGAUCUAACACAACUCCCCGCUUCUCGCCUGCAGGUUCUUUGCUCCCCGUCACUCAGCUGAUCCUGAUCUUUUUUCUCCUAUUUUUCCCCCCACCCCGGGCGCUGAGAUUUCUUUUCCAUGCAAAGGAGUUCUCGCUUGCGGCUGGCAUGGCAGAGUACAUCCCCCAGCCUCCCUCCACCUGGCCCGCGGGCCCGCAGCCCCCUCACACCUCCACCGUCUGCCCGCUGGAGCCCAUGGAUCUGGGGGUCUCGGAGCAGCAAAUGCCACCAGAACAGCCACCGUCCUCCCCAGAGCUGGGUGAGGAUGAGGAAGUCACGUCCCCACCGGACCCUGAUGUCCCCUACCCCGACUUGGCUCCUGUUGUCUUCUUCUGCUUGAAGCAGACCACCAGCCCGCGGAACUGGUGCAUCAAAAUGGUCUGCAACCCCUGGUUUGAGUGUGUCAGCAUGAUGGUGAUUUUGUUAAACUGCGUUACCCUGGGGAUGUACCAGCCGUGUGAGGAUAUGGACUGCCUUUCUGACAGGUGUAAAAUCUUGCAGGUAUUUGAUGAUUUCAUCUUCAUCUUCUUUGCCAUGGAAAUGGUCUUAAAGAUGGUGGCCCUGGGGAUCUUUGGCAAGAAGUGUUACCUUGGAGAUACCUGGAACCGCCUGGAUUUCUUCAUUGUCAUGGCUGGGAUGGUGGAGUACUCCCUGGAUCUCCAAAACAUUAACUUGUCUGCGAUCCGUACUGUCCGCGUCCUGAGACCCCUGAAAGCUAUCAACCGUGUGCCUAGCAUGCGCAUCCUUGUGAACUUGCUCCUGGACACCUUGCCCAUGCUGGGGAACGUCCUUCUUCUCUGCUUCUUUGUCUUCUUCAUCUUCGGCAUCAUCGGGGUGCAGCUGUGGGCUGGGCUGCUCCGCAACCGCUGCUUCAUGGAGGAAAACUUCACAAUACAAGGUGACAUUGUCCUGCCCCCUUAUUACCAACCUGAAGAAGAUGAUGAGAUGCCCUUUAUCUGCUCAUUGUCAGGAGACAAUGGAAUUAUGGGCUGUCAUGAGAUACCCCCACUGAAGGAGCGGGGCCAUGAAUGUUGCUUGGACAAGGACGAUUAUUAUUACUACAACUCAGUCCGUCAAGAGUUCAACAUCAGUGGCAUGUGUGUCAACUGGAACCAGUACUACAACGUGUGCCGUACAGGCAAUGCCAACCCACACAAGGGUGCCAUCAACUUUGACAACAUUGGGUAUGCCUGGAUCGUGAUAUUUCAGGUGAUCACAUUGGAAGGGUGGGUGGAGAUUAUGUACUACGUGAUGGAUGCCCAUUCCUUCUACAAUUUUAUCUACUUUAUCUUGCUGAUAAUUGUGGGCUCCUUCUUUAUGAUUAACCUGUGCCUGGUGGUCAUUGCCACGCAGUUCUCAGAGACCAAGCAGCGGGAGCACCAGCUGAUGCAGGAGCAGCGGGCCCGGUACCUCUCGUCCAGCACUGUCGCAAGCUACAUGGAGCCAGGAGACUGCUACGAGGAGAUCUUCCAAUACGUCUGCCACAUCAUGCGCAAGGCCAAACGCCGUACCCUUGGGCUGUACAACAGCAUACAGAGCUGGCGCCAGGGCCACGUGGAGCCGAGCGAUGCCAAGCUACGCACGAACAGGAAAAGCCAGAGGCACUACAGACUUUGCCAGCAGCACAACUCUCUUGACUGCCCUCCUCAGGGCUUGGUCCAGCCCAUUGCUGUGACGGCAACCUCUGAUCCCACCAACUGCCCCCGAUGCCACAGAGGGGAGCACGAAGCAUCCCGAAGGCUCUCUGUCCUGGAUAGCGCUGACUCAGACCAGGAGGACGGAGGAGCCAGUGAAGAGGAGGGAGAGGGCAGCAGAGAGGCCCGAGGUGCCUCGGCACUGGAAAAGGAGGAGGAGGAGGUGGAAGAAGGCGGGCGGCUGAAGCUUUGCAGUGACAUGUGGCGAGAAGUGAGGGUCAAACUUCGAGGGAUUGUGGACAGCAAGUACUUCAACCGUGGGAUCAUGAUCGCAAUCCUAGUGAACACAAUCAGCAUGGGCAUCGAGCACCACGAGCAGCCAGAGGAAUUGACCAACAUCUUGGAGAUCAGCAACGUUGUCUUUACAAGCAUGUUUGCCCUGGAGAUGAUCCUGAAACUUGCUGCUUUUGGUCUCUUUGAUUACCUCCGCAAUCCCUACAACAUCUUUGACAGUAUCAUCGUCAUCAUCAGCAUCUGGGAGAUCAUCGGCCAGUCAGAUGGGGGCCUCUCUGUGUUGAGGACUUUCCGUCUCCUGCGCGUGCUGAAGCUGGUGCGUUUCAUGCCUGCGCUGCGCCGCCAGCUCGUGGUGCUGAUGAAGACUAUGGACAACGUAGCCACCUUCUGCAUGCUUCUCAUGCUCUUCAUCUUUAUAUUCAGCAUCCUGGGAAUGCACAUCUUUGGUUGCAAGUUCAGCCUCAGGACAGACACAGGAGAUACAGUUCCUGACCGGAAGAAUUUUGACUCCCUGCUGUGGGCCAUCGUCACCGUCUUCCAGAUCCUAACCCAGGAGGACUGGAAUGUUGUGCUCUAUAAUGGCAUGGCCUCCACCUCACCAUGGGCAUCCCUCUACUUUGUGGCUCUCAUGACGUUUGGCAAUUAUGUGCUCUUCAAUCUGCUGGUGGCUAUUCUUGUGGAGGGGUUCCAGGCUGAGGGUGAUGCCAACCGAUCAUACUCAGAUGAAGAUCAGAGUUCUUCAAACAUGGAGGAGUUAGAUCAGUUCCAAGAGGUCCAGGAAGGCUCAGAUCCCAAGCUCUGUGCAAUUCCUGUGACACCUAAUGGACACUUGGACCCAUCCUUGCCCUCUUCCAACCCUCCUAUGGCUGCUGGGGGGGUCACCAACUCUUCAAGGAACUCCUUGCAGCCUGAUCAGAUCCGUGUUCCUGUUGGCUCCCGGAAGAGCAGUGUGAUGUCCCUGGGGAGAAUGACCUAUGACCAGCGGUCCUUGUCCAGCUCCCGCAGUUCCCACUAUGGUGCCUGGAGCCGCAGCGGGGCCUGGGGCAGCCGUCGUUCCAGCUGGAACAGCCUGGCCCGGGGACACAGCCUGAAGCACAAACCUCCCUCCGCCGAGCACGAAUCCCUCCUGUCUGGGGAGAGGCACAGGGCCGCAGAUGGGGAGUCGGAUGGGACGAGAAGGGUGUUUCAUCAUCGCCGGACACUUUCCCUGGACAACAAAGGCUCCUGUGACCUGCUGGAGUUGGCCUCCGUCCCACCCGGCCACAGAGUGGCCCGUAAGCUGGGAGCAGCAUCGGGGGCCAGUGAGCAUCAAGACUGCAACGGCAAAAUGCCCAGUAUUGCCAAGGAGAUCUUCCCAAAGAUGAACGACCGCAAGGAACGGGGAGAGGAUGAUGAAGAGAUAGAUUAUAGCCUGUGCUUUCGCAUCCGGAAGAUGAUGGAAGUCUAUAAGCCAGACUGGUGUGAGCUACGGGAAGACUGGUCCAUAUAUCUCUUCUCUCCACAAAACAGGUUUCGCCUCCUCUGCCAAACCAUCAUUGCUCACAAACUCUUUGACUACGUUGUGCUGGCCUUCAUCUUCCUGAACUGCAUCACCAUUGCCCUGGAGAGACCGCAGAUUGAACACAGAAGCACAGAGAGAAUCUUUCUCACUGUGUCCAACUACAUUUUCACAGCAAUUUUUGUAGCUGAGAUGACACUGAAGGUGGUCUCUCUAGGCCUGUAUUUUGGGGAUCAGGCUUAUCUCCGCAGCAGCUGGAACAUCUUGGAUGGCUUCUUGGUCUUUGUGUCUCUCAUUGACAUUGUGGUCUCGGUGGCCUCUGCUGGCGGUGCCAAAAUCCUGGGGGUGCUGCGGGUCCUCCGGCUGCUGCGCACCUUACGUCCCCUCCGAGUCAUCAGCCGAGCCCCUGGCCUGAAGCUGGUAGUGGAGACGCUCAUUUCUUCCCUCAAGCCCAUAGGAAACAUUGUCCUCAUCUGCUGCGCUUUCUUCAUCAUCUUUGGUAUCCUGGGUGUGCAGCUCUUCAAGGGCAAGUUCUACCACUGCCUGGGAGUCGACAUCAGGAACAUCACCAACCGGUCCGACUGCGUGGCUGCCAACUACAAGUGGGUGCACCACAAGUAUAACUUUGACAACCUGGGACAGGCUCUGAUGUCGCUCUUUGUUCUGGCUUCCAAGGAUGGCUGGGUCAAUAUUAUGUAUAAUGGACUAGAUGCUGUAGCGGUUGACCAGCAGCCGGUGAUCAACAACAACCCCUGGAUGCUUCUCUACUUCAUCUCCUUCCUCCUCAUUGUCAGUUUCUUUGUGCUCAACAUGUUCGUGGGAGUGGUGGUGGAGAACUUCCACAAGUGCCGGCAGCACCAGGAGGCUGAGGAGGCGCGCCGGCGGGAGGAGAAGCGCCUGCGCCGCCUGGAGAAGAAGCGAAGGAGUAAGGCACAGCCUAAGUGUUUGGUCGAGGCGCAGCGUUUGCCGUACUAUGCUACCUACUGCCCCAUACGCCUCCUUAUUCAUUCGGUCUGCACCAGCCACUAUCUGGACAUCUUCAUCACUUUCAUCAUCUGCCUCAACGUGGUCACUAUGUCCUUGGAGCACUACAACCAACCUGUGUCCUUGGAGACAGCCCUCAAGUACUGCAACUACCUGUUCACCACUGUCUUUGUGUUGGAGGCAGUCCUCAAGCUGGUGGCUUUUGGUCUGCGGCGAUUCUUCAAAGACAGGUGGAACCAGCUAGAUCUGGCCAUUGUGCUGCUGUCUGUCAUGGGCAUCACACUGGAAGAGAUUGAAAUCAAUGCUGCUCUCCCAAUUAACCCCACUAUCAUCCGGAUCAUGAGAGUGCUGCGCAUUGCCCGGGUUCUGAAGCUACUGAAGAUGGCUACAGGAAUGCGAGCACUGCUGGAUACAGUUGUUCAAGCCCUGCCACAGGUGGGAAACCUUGGACUGCUUUUCAUGCUCCUCUUUUUCAUCUACGCUGCUCUAGGAGUGGAGCUCUUUGGAAAACUGGUAUGCAAUGAUGAGAACCCCUGUGAAGGCAUGAGCCGCCAUGCCACCUUUGAGAACUUUGGGAUGGCCUUCCUCACACUCUUCCAGGUGUCCACAGGCGACAACUGGAAUGGGAUCAUGAAGGAUACCUUGCGUGACUGCAGCCACGAUGACCGGAGCUGCCUCAGCAACCUGCAGUUCAUCUCCCCACUGUACUUUGUCAGCUUUGUGCUCACAGCCCAGUUUGUCCUCAUCAAUGUGGUGGUAGCUGUGCUCAUGAAACAUCUUGACGACAGCAACAAGGAGGCCCAGGAGGAUGCAGAGAUGGAUGCUGAGAUUGAGCUGGAAUUUGCACAUGGACUGUGCUCCCGCAAGUCAGGCUCCCCAAAUUCAGGACAGGGAAAAGGAGCAGGAACAGGAGGAGGUGGUGGGAGAGCAGAUCCUGAAGGACGUCUAUGCAUGAGAUGUUACUCUCCAGCACAGGAGAACUUAUGGCUGGACAGUGUCUCUUUAAUUAUUAAGGACUCCUUCGACGGGGAGUUAAUGAUCAUCGAUAACCUAUCGGGCUCCGUCUUCCAUCAUUACUCCUCGCCGGCCAUGUGCGAGAAGUGUAACCAUGACAAGCAAGAGGUCCAGCUGGCAGAAAUGGAAGCAUUAUCCCUCAACUCAGACAAGUCCUCUUCCAUCCUUCUAGGAGAUGAGUCAGAGAAUCGCAGUACCUCUCAGCUGAGUCCUAAGGAGAUCAAGCAGGAUGGCCAAGACAGCCCUGACUCCACUGGGGUAGGCGAUCUGGGGGAAUGCCUGCUCCCAAUGUCCAGUGCAGAUGGCUCUACAAACCCGGACAGUUACCUGUGUGAAAUGGAGAAAACUCCUUUCAACUCAGUCCAGUCUUGGCUAAAGCAUGAAAGUACCAAAGCCCCUCCCAGCUCCUUCUCUCCAGGUGCGGCUUGCCCUCUGUUACCUGUACCAGCAGAAUUUUUCCACCCAGCCAUCUCUGCCACACAGACAGGGCCUGAGAAAGAUUCAUGUCCACGCAACCUUCCUAAGAUCUCUCUGCAAGGCUCGUGGGCAUCACUGAGAUCUCCGAGUGUGAACUGUUCUCUUCUUCACCAGGCCCCCGAGAGCGAUACCUCGCUGGACAGCCAGAGCAGCAGCUCAGCGGGCAGCCUACAGACCACGCUGGAGGACAGCCUCAACCUCAGCGACUCUCCCCAGUGCACCCUGGACCUUCCAGUUGCUCUGUGCCCCGUCCCAGCUGCCAACAGCCAAAGACCCCUGGCAGCCCCCCUCUCCCCUGCCUCCCGCCGCCGGAGCCUGCGGGGCCGGGGGCUCUUCAGCCUACGAAGCAUCCGUCGGCACCAGCGCAGCCACAGCAGCGGUGGGAGCACCAGCCCCGGCUGCACCCACCACGACUCCAUGGACCCCUCGGAUGAGGAGGGGGCGGGCAGCAGCCUGCGGGGGGGCGGCAACAACAGCGAGCCCUCCGAGACCCUCAGCAGCCUCUCGCUGACCUCCCUCUUCUCGCCCCCGCCGCCAGGGCUGACGCUGGUGAAGAAGUGCAGCAGCACCAGCAGCCUCCACGCCAGCCCCUCACCCCGCCGCCCCACCGCCCACCACGCCAAGCCCUUCUACACCGUUGACCCCCGGGGCUUCCUCUCGAUGCCCUCCUGGGUGACGGACUUCUGCAAGGACACUCCGUCGCCUGGGGAAGGAGAGGAGCCAGAUGGCCCUGGCAGACUGGGGACAGGGGACCGUGGCUCCCCGCUCCCAUCUGAGCUGGAGCUGGGUGAUGGAGUCAGCAAGAGGAACAGAUGAGGGUCCCUGGGGCACAGGGAGGGAGCGUUCGGCCGCCGGACGGGGAGCGUGUUUCACUGGCUUCUCCCCAGCAGCAAUUCCAAAGGAUUUGCAAGAAAAAGAACCAGGCAAACAAAAAUUUAUAAAUAUAUAUAUAUACAUAAAUAUAUAUAUAUAUAUAGAAUAAAUACUCUGGUACCGUACCUCAGAGGCAUGGGAGAGUGCAAGCAAUACGGGAACAGUCCUGCCCGAGGGCAAGACCUGGACCAUCACCGCAGAGACUAUAGUGACAAGGAAAGGCCAUGGGGCUGGGAGGGACGGGACCCUCCAGCCAGGUGACUGCCACGUGGCAGCUGUUUAGUUAUAUACAUAUACAUAUAUAGAGAGAUCGAUCUAUUUAUUUUUUUUACUGAGAGAUUAUGAAUUUCAGAAAGUGCUAAGGAGGAGCAAGGAAACGGGGGCUGAUGGAGGUGCUACGCCAAACGUGGAAGGUGGGGGCGAAGGGAAGGGUAGCAAAGUGAUCAGCAGGGGAAGGGCGUCUGGGGUUUGCCUUGCCUGUUUCUGGGAACUUCCUUAUUGUCCAUGCUUCCAUUUCAAACAUUAAAAAUCGUGGGCCAGAUCUUCAGGUCGAGCAUAAAUCGGCAAAAUGCGAUUGUGCGCUUCUGUUGGUGUAAAGCAGCAGAGCUCUGGCUUGAGGUGGAUUCACGCUGAUUUACAGCAGGUGGAAAUCUGGCCCCGGCAGCAGGGAAAAGCAAACAGCCAUGGAGCACAGGAAACGUUUUGAGGUGAAAAGCCUUGCUUUGAAGGGAAUGUGUGAACACAGCGGGCACGCUCAUGGGAGGAGGGGAUGAAGGCUACAUGGCAUAUUUUUGCUGCUGUUUGGUUGAUUUUGUCUUUUUCAUUUUCCAAAGAAAGAAAACUGCUGAGGGAAAAAAAUUACAAGAUGUGUGGGGAAAUCUGGAGUGGGAGAGGCAGAGUGGAAGGGAAGGGGGGGGCAAAAAGGGGAGAGGAAAUUGAACUUUUCCCCCUUUCAUUUGCAGUAAUUGUGCUAUUUUGCUUUAGAAGCCCAAAGGUGCAAAAAUCAUCUCUAGAGAAACCUAUCUGUUAUUUUUGUAUCUAUAGCUAUAUAUAUAUUAAAACAAAAACUAGAAUUUUAAAAAAGGCAAAUAAAAGCAAAGGGGGCUUCAACAACACAAAAUGCAGUCAGUCCCCUGGCUGAGGGCUAAUCCUGCUCCGAGUCCCAACAGGAAGACCCUACAAGAACAUCCUUGGCUUGGUGGCAGCUCUGCCACCUCUCCAGCAUCACCUUCAACCGCCGGAGUUUUCCUGAUUGGCAUCAGUGCAGCUGCGACCGGAGUCCUGCUCAGCACCAACCGCGGCCAUGGAGAGCAGGGAAUAUUGGCCCGUGUGUGUAUGUGUGUGUGUGUGUGUGCAAAUGUAAGGAUGUUUAUUGCGUGUUGUGUCCAGGCUAACUGGCUCACCAGCUGCAGAGAUGGGGCAGAAAGGAGAAGGAGAACUGCAGUUCUCCUUGUCUUUGCCUUGCAGAGCAGGGGGGGCUGCAGUGCGGAGGGCAAGGGCAGAACGACUCCUCGAAUCAUGACCCUGCUUCAGGAUCUGGGAUUUGAUCCAGCAGAUGGGAUCCUUUCCUGGCGUGGUUGCAGCACGGCCUCCAGAGGCUGCACCCCUCCUUGCCUUUCCAGCAGCACGAUGGCAUGUCUCUCCUUCUUGGCCGGGGCCAGCCUGGAUCUCCUCCUGUGGCAACUCCCAGGUUUCAUACCUUUCCCAGGUUUGCCACCUGGGGAGCAGAAAGAAUUUCAGAUGUCACCUGCUACCCCAGGGAAUCUCCACUAAGGUGUGUCAGAGAAGACUGAGAAGGAUGGUAGGGAGAUGAUAGCAGCCCACUAGAGACAGGGAGGUUUGGAGGCUGGUGCACUGCUCAGAGAAGGAGCAGGGUUCCCUGCAGGAUUCGUGUCCCAUUUUUUCCAUCAGAUCAAGAGGGCCCCUGCAAUCCUCGCGAAGCUCUCCCAGCUGGCAUGUGAAGCAUUGUGAAGUGGGCAAUACAAAACAGAUGUUCUGGUUUUAUUGUGACCUGUCUGAUUUUUCAGCAGCUGUUGCAUCUUACCAGCCGGGGCUGUAAACAGCAAACACAUCAAAUGGGACCCAACAGGAAAAGGAUAAUUACUGUGUGGACUUGAUUUAUUUGCUGGAAGGAGUGUUUGCUGUGUUGCAAGCGUGCACACUGACUGCAGGGAGGUCAGGCCUGUGGGGAGAGAACAGGAGAGCCUGGGUCCUUGUCCUUGCAGAAAGGAUGCUGAUCCAGAUUUAUUAAAGCAAUAAUAAGGGUCUUUAAAUGCUUUUUUUGCACUGGUGGUUCUUUGGGUCAGUUGCCCCUGCCUGCUCUCCUGUGGGCAGAGAGGAGAGGCAAGACACGUGGUUUCACAUCCUUGGGGAAGGAGGGCAGUCAGCCCCCGGAUGGCUGAACAACGAAUUUGGGCUGCACAGGGCAUAGACUCAAACCUGGAACUGCUUUGAAGCCAGAGGUAGGGCUUACUGAAGAAGCCCAAACAGUUAAAACCCAUCCAUAUCCAGACAACUCAAUGCAAAGUGUUUCCUGGAAGGUGGCCAUAAGGGGACUUGGAGGUGGGACACCAAGUUGUCCUGGCAGUUGUGUGGGCUGUGAAACAUUUCAGCUGAAGAAUGGGAGAAAGGUCAGAGAUCAGUGCAAUGCUAGAAGCUACCUUGAUAUUUGGUCAUGAUAGAAGUACGGUAUGUGCCUGGGAUAGUUGGGAGGGGAGAAGGGUCAAAGGAUGGUGGGAAAGAUGGUGGUGGUGACCUCAUGGGGUGACUUACAGCCCCUAGAAUGGAUGCUCUCAGCUUAUUCUCAGUUGUCUCUGGAAGUGACUCACAAGGAAAAACUUCUUUGUUUCCCUCAUAGUUUGGGAUUCAUGACAGCCCUUUGGCUCUGCACGAUGUCUCCCCUUCGCCUCCUAGCAGGGUCAUGCCACCACUCCUACCUCCCCGCAAAAGGGCUUUCACCCUCCACCGUAUGACUCGAGCAAAAGGCUUCUGGCUUAGGAAGGAGGUUGCCAUGGAAACAGAAGACUAGGUUAUCUUUAGAGAAUAUUUUGUCUCUCUCUUUUAAUUAUUUACUAACUGUUUGAAGAAGAAGGAGGAAACAUCCAUCCUUCCCAAAGAGGAAGCAGAAUACUAAAACCCAGCAAAUGCUUUGUGUUUUUGCUGGGGAUUUUUGCGGUGGGGCAGGUUGUGCCAUUUCUCCUGGCAAGAGAUGCCUUUCCCAGCUAUGCCUGGCUGUUGGUUGACACCAGAAAAAACCUCUGUCAUCACCCACCCACCUCCCAGACAACACCUGAGGGCAGCCAGGAUUUGCCCAAGCAUCUUUUCAGCCUCCCGUACUCCCCACUUCCCACGGGGGAAUAUAUCGCAGGCAGCUCCUGCCAGGAGACUCUUUGCUGUUGUUAACCCGAGAUCUCUGUUUUGUCCCCCUGCCAUGUCACCCUUGUGCCUGGCUCUCCCCCGUGUCUGCCACCAAAAGCAGACUCUUUCUCUGCUCGAUGCUGAGCUCCUCCACAUGCUUGCACACCACUACGGACGGCUGCUGCUCCACUAAGCUAGGUGGAUUUAGUUCUUUUCAUCUUGGCUUGGCAGCCAGUUCCUUCACCUCUUCUCAGUAAUUUUUUUUUGUUCAUUUUUCUAAGUCCUCUCUGUACAUUUUCCCCUCUCACCUUGGCCUCUGGGCCCACCUGGUGUGGUUUAUUGCAGCUGCAGAGAAGAGCCUGUCCUGAGUGCUUCCCACCUUCUCUUGCAUAGAAAAUCCUCACCAGCUCCAACCUGCCCAUAUUUAGUAGUUCUCCUGUACUCAGAGACACUAUCUCAGCGUUGACAAAUGAACAAAGCAUACUGCUAGGUUUGCUUCUUCUCAUGGCUUCUCCAUCUUCAUCUGUCUUCUUUAGUAUGACCAAAAGUUUCCUUACAAAAUUAGACAUAUAGGAAAUAAUUGCCAGCGUGACCAUUGUUUUCUUUCAUGGGAAGUCAGUAGUGUUGUGCAUUUGGAGUAGUUUUUCUGCAUUUUGGUGGGGUUUGGGUUUUUUUGUGAAGGACUGAAAAACACCAGCUUUCUGUGAAAU